UGGCACUAGUUGACGCAUCAUCCUGUGCAUUCUCCGCUCGCCUCUUUCUUUUGAGAAAACACGAAAGGUUUGCAACUAGUCCUGCAGGUGAGACUGUGUUCUGUGACAGCUGAUGUACUUGGCUCCUUGAGUUUGGGUGUAACACUUGGGUUCUGUGCAUCUUUGUUCAACAGUUCUUAUAGUCUGUCUGACAUUUGAAGUGCCACGUUCACAUGGAUUCACAAGAAGUUGGAAUGAAAGUACAGUUGUUGCCUGAUUUCCCUCCAGGCCCACUUGACAAAUACCGAAAGGCAUCCUCUUUUGACUGGAAAUCUAUGAAGCUACUGUUAGAAACGCCUGAAAUGUUGGAUUAUAAGAUGAAAAUAUGGAAGCUAAUUGAGGAGAACCCAGAAUUUCACCAUUCAGAUAAUUCAUUAAGUUUAGAAGAACAACGGACCCUGGUUAUGAAGAGAGAGUAUAGUUUUAGAAAGCUCCAUAUGUUAUCAGCUGAGGACAUAUUUGGAAAUCUUCGCAAGCCAUUUGCACUUCUGUCUGCAGCAUUUCAAUACGACGCAUCAUUUCCUUCAUCAAUUUGUGUGAAUUUUGUUAUGUUUGCAAAUGGUAUUCGAUCGAUGGGUACUUCGAGACACUAUCAGUUUAUUGAAGACUGUGAAGCCGGGAAGAUUAGAGGCUGUUUUGCUCUUACUGAAAUUUCACACGGAACAAAUGCAAAGGGGAUGAGGCUGACAGCUACAUAUGAUCCACAGACUCAAGAGUUUGAGCUUCAUUCUCCUGACUUUGAAGCAGCUAAAUGCUGGGCAGGAUGCCUAGGGAAAGGCUGUACCCAUGGAUUAGUAUAUGCAAGGCUUAUAACACCAGAUAAAACAGACCAUGGUUUACAUACAUUUAUAGUUCCCAUUAGGGAUCCAGAAACUCUUCAGCCAUUUGCUGGUGUUCUUGUUGGUGAUGUGGGAGAGAAAAUUGGACUGAAUGGGGUGGAUAAUGGUUUUGUGCAGUUCAUUAGAUACAGAAUACCUCGUGAGAACCUACUAAAUAAAUUAGGAGAUGUGACACCAGAAGGGAAUUAUGUUAGCCCACUUAAAGACCCAAAUAAGAGACUAGGAGCUUCACUUGCGACAUUGUCUACUGGCAGAGUGUCUCUAAUCACAGUAAGCUUGUCAAAUCUCAUGAGAGCAGUUCCUAUUGCAGUUCGAUAUGCUGCAGUACAUACAGAGGAUACACAGGAUGCGAAGAGUUCACAGGCCCAGCUAGAGGGCAAGUGGCAGCAGUGGCAACUGAUUCCGUGCUUGGCUGCUACUUUUGCGCUGAAAAUUGUCUCUGAUGCCUUUUGUGAAUUGAUAACAGAUGUCCAAGUAAAAUCUUUCCUUGGAACAAAUAAAGAAGAACUGGCAGCAUUAGGUCCAGAACUCCAUGCUCUUUCAUGUGCAGCAAAGCCUUUAGCAAGCUGGACAGUGAGAGAUGCUAUUAAACAAUGCAUCAACAUUUGUGGUAACUGUGGCUAUCUGAAAGCAUCUGGACUUGGAGAUAUCCGCAACAACCAUGAUGCGAACUGUACGUACGAAGGGGAAAACAAUGUUCUCUUACAGCAGACGAGUAACUGGUUACUUCAGUUGUGGAAGAAGAGUGAGGGAAGCCAAAAUGUAUUUGAAACGCCACUCCAUUCCAUCUCAUUCUUGAAAGAUGCAGAAAAUGUACGCCAAAGAAGAUUUGUGGCUUUGUCUGUAGAAGAAACUGUAUGUCCUAAAACAUUGCUUUCUGCAUAUGAAUGGCUCAUCUGUUGGUUGCUGAUAUCGACAGAAAAAAAGUUGAAUGAGUUACAAAAGGAAGGCGUAGACCAAUUUGUUGCCAGAAACAAUUCCCAAGUGUUUUAUGCUCGAACAUUGUCUGUAGCAUAUGCAGAGCAUUUUAUUCUUUCAAAGUUUUGGGCCUAUGCUUCAUCAGACAGUGUUGAACCUGCACUCAGGGAAGCCCUAACAAAACUGUGUUCCUUGUAUGGAACAUGGAGCUUAGAGAAACACACAACAGUUCUUUAUCAAGGGGGAUAUGCAAAAGGACCCCAGGCAGCUGAGAUGAUACAGGAGGGAAUCCUGCACCUGUGUGCUCAACUUAAAAAUAACGCUGUCUCUUUGGCAGAUGCCAUUGCUCCACCAGAUUUCAUUCUGAAUUCUGUUCUAGGAAAGUCAGAUGGCAAAAUAUAUCCAAACCUACAGACACAUUUAUUCCAGAAACCUAAGACAUUUGAAAGACCAUCUUACUGGCAUGAGCUGACAACCUUACAAAGUAAACUUUAGUCACACCUGAAACAUGAUGUAUAUUUGUCAUUUUGAAAGGAUUUAUAGAUUUUUGUGAUAUUUCUACUACUAAGCCAAUUAAUGUGUCUUUAAUGGCACUGUGACUGCACUGUAU